AUGGACGGAUUAAUUGAAUAUUCUAAUAGAUACAAUGGAGUUACUAAGAUCUUUAAGAUCAUCUAGGGAGCUACUUUGCUUAAGCCUCCUCACAUUAAUUAGGCCUUCGAAACUGCCUUGAUUUUAGCUUAGCAACUUAAAAUUUACAGCAUUUAUAGAUUUGUUGAGAGUACUGCUCUUGAUUGGAAGAUCACUACUUUAAGAGUUGACAAAGAAUUAGCUGCCUAGUAAUUCGCCCCUUAUUAGGCUCAAGCAGAAAAGUUAGAUAAAGAAAUUAAUAUGCAUAAAAACUCCUAAAAUAAGCUUUCAACUGGUUUGUCUUACAUCGAGUUAGGUAAUCUAUACCUCAAGGCAGGCGAUGUUACAGAAGCAUUUAGAUCUUACGAAAGAGUGUAUAAAUAUUAUGAAGCUGGUGAUAUCUACUCAUACUUCCCUUAAUGGUGUGCUACAAUGAUAAUAGAAAGAAGAUACGAUUAGCUCUAACAAGUAUAUCCCAAGGAGGCUAUCCCUAUUGAAAAGAAAAAAAGAGAGUAAUACACCACUUUAUUAGUUUUCUAAGCUCUCAGAUGCCUCUACUAAGGAUUUUAGAACGAUUUCCUUUAAAUUAUUAAGGAUGAGUUAUAGCAUGACUGCAUAGUCGAAGAUGAAAAUUUGCUUCUUGUCACUAGCUUAAGAGAAAUAGGUGUUUUCAUCACUGUUUGUGCUUUGGCUCGCUUGUCAAGAUCUCAAGUUUAAGAUUUAUUGAAAAGUGAUAGUAUUAGAUUCUUUGUCACUUAGGAUAAUGAAUGCUUAAACAUCUUAGAAUGUUAUAUAAGCUUAGAUUACAAGACUUUGAUUUCAAAGCUUAAAUUAUUCUACUAAGAAUACAAUUAGGAUUUCAUUUUUAAAAAAUUCAACUUUUCUGAAAUUCUCACUGACAAGUUAGUCAAGCAAUAUCUUUUACCUUAUAAAAAAAUUAGUAUCUAAAAGGUUGUUAACAUCAUGGGUUUAAACUAAGAUUUAGCUUUGGACUAUUUAAAGAAAUUAAUCCAAAACAAUUAAAUUAACUUUUUGUAUGACCCUAUUGAAGAAGUUUUAGUCCAAAAGGAAACUGAAAAAACAAAAAAAUACGAAACUUACUAGAAAGCUGUUAAGGUAAUAGCAAGCUUUUUGCAUAAGAAGCAAAAGUAAAUGUUAAGAUAUCACCUAGGCAUAGUCCAUAGCGAAAACGGUAGCAAAAAUAAAUAGGAUGUUAUUGAAUUAGGUAAUAUGCACGGUUUCUCAAGCUUAAAUAAAGUUAUUAAUAAUUUCAUGAACUUUGAAAGCAGAUGA